AGUUCACAGCUCAUUGCAGAGGAGGGACACUUUAACUUUCGAUUUCGAUUCAACUUAGGAAAACAUGGAGUCCGCCUGAUGUCUGAUUUUUUAAACGCGUCUAAAACUGUUUAAUAGCGAUAAAGAAGGUUUCCAACAACAAGCAAACAAUAUAGCCUACAUCUGGGGCUGCUCGACGGUCUCGUUUCGCGUCUGAUUUCACAUUUACUUUCCGGGCAGACAGACACGGUGGUCGUACUUGUCGUUACCGUAUAGUCUCAGUGCAUCAGCAUGUUGGAAGAAACGGGGCCAGAGCCUGAGUGGUUAUCUGAGGAGGUGAAAACCGGAACAACCAUCAUUGGCAUCGAGUAUGAUGGAGGGGUCGUACUGGGGUCUGAUUCCCGGGUGUCUGCAGGGGCAUCAGUGGUGAACAGAGUGAUGAACAAGCUGUCUCCCCUCCAUGACAAGAUCUACUGUGCUCUGUCCGGCUCUGCAGCAGACGCUCAGACCAUUGCUGAGAUGGUCAACUACCAGCUAGAUGUUCACAGUAUUGAGAUAGAUGAGGACCCUCAGGUUCGCUCAGCUGCCACUCUGGUGAAGAACAUCUCGUACAAGUACAAAGAGGAGCUAUCAGCACAUCUCAUUGUGGCCGGCUGGGACAGAAGAGAUGGAGGACAGGUGUUUGCAACCCUGAGUGGUCUCUUGACAAGGCAACCUUUUGCAGUUGGUGGCUCUGGCAGCUCAUAUGUUUAUGGGUUUGUUGAUGCUGAGUAUCGCAAGAACAUGAGCAAGGAGGAGUGCCAGCAAUUGAUUGUCAACACUCUCUCUUUGGCAAUGAACCGCGAUGGCUCCAGUGGUGGCGUGGCCUAUAUUGUCACCAUUGAUAAAGACGGUGCUGAAGAGAAAGUCAUUCUCGGAAAUGACUUACCCACCUUCUUUGAUCAAUGAUUGAUAAAUAGCUUUUUUUCUAGUCUACCAAGACACUGUUGUGCAUGAUGCAAUUAGGAAUUUGUUUUACUCACAAUAGCUAUUAUACACACACUUUUGGGCUCAGCUGUCUACUAACCCAGCUUGCAAACUGAAAUAUAUUGAACAAGAAUAAUUUAAUAAAUUGCUCUUUAAUUCUAAAAGCUA